AUGUGUGGUAAUACCAUGUCUGCUCCACUGUUAGCAAUCAUGCCUCACACCCGGAAUGCUGCCACUGUGGUAAUUUUCCUUCAUGGAUUAGGAGAUACUUGGCAUGGAUGGGCAGAAGCCUUUGCAGGUAUCACAAGUUCACAUACCAAAUGUAGCUGCCCACAUGCACCCAUUAUGCCUGUUACAUUAAAUAUAAACAUGGCUAUGCCUUAUUGGUUUGCUAAUAUUGGACUUUCACCAGACUCACAGGAGGAUGAAUCUGGAAUUAAACAGACAGCAGGAAAUGUAAAGGUUUUGAUAGAUCAAGAGAUGAUGAGUGGCAUUCCUUCUAACAGAAUUAUUUUGGAAGGAUUUCCUCAGGGAGGAGUUUUAUUUUUAUAUACUGCUAUUACCAUACAGCAGAAACUGGUGGGUAUCACGGCACUUAGUUGCUGGCUUCCACUUUGGGCUUCAUUUCCAAGAUGUCCUAUCAGUGGUGCUAAUAGAGAUGUUUCUAUUCUCCUGUGCCAUGGAGAUUGCAACCCUUAG